AUGGACUUCUUCCGUUUACCACAGUAUCGGGAUAUGUUCUGUUCUCUAGAUGAGGAUGGUGGGUUCAACUAUGAGUGGUGGGGUGAUGCACCAGUGCAUAGUCUGGCAGCUGCGAUGCUACUCAGGCCAGAGCAGGUGCAUCACUUCUUCGACUUUGGGUACAGGCACGCUGACUUCCAGUACUGCACGUGUGCACCGACCGAGGAGGAAAAGGAAAAAGGAAAAUCCGUCACUCACAGCUUCAACGAAGCCAACAGGCUAUGGGAUGACGAUCAGGCAGAUGCCGCUGCUGAAGCAGCUCGCAAACUCCUAGAUGGCACCACUAUGCCCAAGCGCCAUCCCAUGAAGACGCUUAUGUUGCUUGCUCUUGUACUUCCUAAUCUACCUAUGGUAGACAAGGCAAACGUACACUGGGAGACAGCAGUUGCGCUUACGAGCGACGACUGUAAAUUACAAUAAUUGCUCACAUGAGCGCAUCUACUGACCAAGGCAUACUAGGGCGAGCCACAGCCCGUCCACUGGUUUCGGACCCGAAGGAGAUGGAUUGGAGGGGACGGAAGGACACUUCUU